AUGUGGAUUUUGGGAAGCAAUCAAAUUGCCUCAAUACCACAAGGAACAUUUAAAGACCUACCAGCUCUCUAUACAUUGGGUGUAUAUAGCAAUCACAUAACUACAAUACAGCAAGGAACAUUUCAAAACCUACCAGCUCUAUACCUACUAACUUUAUCCCAGAAUCAAAUAACAACAAUACAACAAGGAGCAUUUCAAGACCUACCAGCUUUAUACAAACUAUAUUUAUACAGCAAUCAAAUAACAACAAUACAACAAGGAGCAUUUCAAGACCUACCAGCUCUAUACGAACUAUAUCUAUACAACAAUCAAAUAACUACAAUACAGAAAGGAGCAUUUAAAGACCUACUCGCACUAGAUCGCCUAGAAUUGAACAACAAUCAAAUAACUACAAUACAGAAAGGAACAUUUCAAGACCUACCAGCACUUAACACUCUGAAAUUAGGGAACAACCCCUUGGAUUGCGAUGCCUGCGAGUUGGGGAACCUCAAGUUGUAUUUACUAAACAAUACACACUUAUCGGAUGCAUCUGCGACAUGUAAUGGCACAUCAACCCUGGUAUUAGAUUUUAACUUCACCGACUGUUCAGGAGACUUAACAACAGAUGAAACAACUGAGAUCAACACAGCAAAAUUCAAAACAGUGGCAUCAACAAAAUCUACUCUUAUCAUAGUUGGAACUGUUGGAGCUUUUAUUGCAGUUAUGAUUCUCGUUGGAGCAGUUAUAAUUACUUGUGUGAUCUUGAACAGAUUGAAUAGGAAGAAAAAAUCAAGGAUACAACCAUCUGACUGAUUUGAUAGGAGAAAAUUUUCCAGCUAUGCCACUACGAUAUGGGGGACAUCAGUUGGAAUAAGUAUUCCGUCCAUAAGGCAUCAAUGUCAUUACCAUUAUCUCCGUAAAAUGUUUUGGCGUUGCAUAUUAUCUGUAUUUAUUGAUAUUUCUUGGUAAACUAUGCUAACCUUUGCUCAAAUUGAUCGUUAAUUUAUAACUUGUAAUUUAUUGAAAACAUAUAUCAUAAUUACGAAUUUUACAUUUGAUCGUUGGUUAUAUCUUUUGAUUAUAGUUUUGUGUUAUUUAUAAACAUUUGAAUAUCAUUUUUUUUGCAUCUAAGUACAAAGUGGAACUCUCCAUUUUCUCAUUCAACCUAAUAUAUAUCACAUGCUCUUGUAUAAUCGUAGAGUAGAUUCCUACUUCGAAGCUUUAUUUAAAAGGGUAGAUUGAAAAUAAAGGUAUGUAUUUUACCCAAGAUUUCCAAUCAAAGUUUUCAGUGAUUAAUCUUUGCCCUGAGGGAUAAAAAUUAAAAAAAACUCCAGAUUUUGUUUCUGUUUAUCGUCAUGUAUUCGAACUUCACGACAAAUACAUCCUGUUCCAACAAACUGACCUUUACCUAAUAUUGAAUUUUUGAAAAAAAUCCAUCUUGUGGAUUCCUAAAAAAAAGUGAUAUUUAAGUCUAUUCCACUUUUUCGAAGUUUUUCAUAGUCAUUUGUAGCCUUCCGAAAUUAAAGAUCAGCAUUGAGAUUAUUGUUCGGCCAAACCAUAAUGGUAAUCAUAGAUUUAAACUAAAUUUAACUAUUUUAGAUAGUCAUGUUGUGAACGCAUUCUCUUUGUUUUUGUGUGGAUUUCAUACGUAAUUAUCAUCUUGAAUGAGUGCUUAAUUUUGUAAUGUAAGUUAAUACUUUUAUUAUAUGUUGUCAUGGAGGUUUACUUUAUAUUAAUAUGUAUAUCUAUCAAUAAAAGUAGCACAAUAUUAUGCAAGAAAUUAAAUCAAAUUGAAUCUAUAACAUCUGUAUGUUAAGUUCUAAUUUUGUAUGUCAACGAUAUAAAGUUUGAUAGAUUUAUUGAUAUGUAUUCGAUUGGUUUAAAAUAAAAGGGAUAUAGAAAUGUAUGUUAUACUAGUACUGUUGCUUUUAAUUUAGUUCUGCUGAUUUGUUAUGUUUUUAUUUCUUGUUUUCUGCCCCUAUUGUAUGCAAAGUAAUGCAACCAUUAUAUAUAAUACAUUGUGGUAUUUUUUUAAUUUAAUUUUUUUUUGGCUUGUUUGGUCAAUUAAUAUCUACUAGUUUCUAGUUCAUGUAACGUUUUAGUUAUGUAUCAUGUAAUAUAUGGGGGUAUUAAAAUAGUUCCAAAGAUACUAGUCUUAUCAUUGUGUACGUAAGACAUUCGACUACAAA